UGUAAAAUACGGAGACUAAUGCCCCCAGGAUUGUUGUGAAUGAGAUCGCAUGUGUAAGGGGCUUAGCACUGGGUCUGCCUGUUAUUAGGAGAUGGAUGUUUUAGAGAGUGGAGAAGGACCCCAGAAUCAUAGCUUCUCUGGACGAAGCUGCCUCAGUGGGCACAGGAGAGAUUCUCAAGAAGAGAGAUAUGAGGCUCUAUGGGAAGAAGAGCACUGUGCUUGGAGCCUGGAGGAAACAGAAUGGUUUGAAAGGGCCCCCCGUGUUCCAAUUAAGGAGAUAUUCUAUUUCUUCAUCUCUCUCCUACCCUCUACAGCAAAGUCCUUUGAGCCCCGUUCAUGCCCCCCUCCAACCCUUCUUUCAGCUCUGGUAAACAGACCUGUAGCAAACCACGUGAUCUGUUACUUUCCUCCCUUUGGGCUGCACCUGGUUUGUGCCCAGAUGUAUUUGUCCUGUGAGAAAGGAUCCAGUCAGUUAGCAAGUGGCAGAAUAGUCUCUCCUUCCCUGUGGUUCUCCCUCACUGGUCCUGGCACAGCCACUAGUAGGGCCCUAGAGGCACCUAGCAGAGCUUGCCCCUGGGGUGGAGAGCCUGCUUCCUGCUCAUCCUAGGUUUCCAUACUUCUCUCUGGGUUUGGCUGCAAGGUUCUCCUUGAGGGAGUUUCAGGUUUGGUACUUUGGAGUUAGUCCCACCUCUGAGCUUUCACAAGUGUUAUCUCAACCCCAGGAAUGUUUUCUCCAUUCUCAUCACCGAGUUGUUGCCUAUGUAUCCUUUGAGUCGAGGUUUAUCUGUUACUUUCUGGGUUCCUUUCUUAGCUCCUGGUACCUCUUUGUAGCCCUUAACACAGUCAUAAUUAGCUUUUUGUGUUUAAGUAUUUGUUUAAUGUGCGUCUAUCUAACUAAACUGAAGGCUUUAGUAGGGCAAGCUUAUUCUUAGCUGUAUCCCAGGGUCUGAUGUGUAGUAUGCACUCCAUGAAUCGUUAAUUUUGUUAUUCUUACCAUCCUUCAGCUGAGCUCCUCCUCAAUCCACAAGACACCUUCCCAAAACCCUUCCCACCUAACUCUAGAUGUCAUGGACAAUAUUACCAGGCAGAACCAAUUCUAUGAGACCCAGGUCAUCAAGCAAGAGAACGAGUCAGGCUACGAGAGGAGACCGCUGGAAGUGGAGCAGCAGCAGCAGGCCUAUCGCUCAGAAGUGAAGACAGAGAUGAAGCAGGAAGCACCCACCAGCUUCCUCCCACCUGAAGCAUCUCAGCUCAAGCCAGACAGACAGCAAUUCCAGAGUCGCAAGAGGCCUUAUGAAGAAAACCGGGGACGGGGUUACUUUGAGCACCGAGAGGAUAGGAGGGGCCGCUCUCCUCAGCCUCCUGCUGAAGAGGAUGAAGAUGACUUUGAUGACACCCUGGUUGCCAUUGACACAUAUAACUGCGACCUCCACUUCAAGGUGGCCAGAGACCGGAGUAGUGGCUACCCGCUCACAAUCGAGGGCUUUGCGUACCUGUGGUCGGGAGCCCGUGCCAGCUAUGGGGUCAGAAGGGGCCGUGUGUGCUUUGAGAUGAAGAUCAAUGAGGAAAUUUCUGUGAAGCACCUUCCAUCUACGGAGCCUGACCCGCACGUCGUCCGUAUCGGCUGGUCCCUGGACUCCUGCAGCACCCAGCUAGGCGAAGAGCCUUUCUCCUAUGGCUAUGGAGGCACUGGGAAGAAGUCCACCAAUAGCCGGUUUGAAAACUACGGAGACAAGUUUGCAGAGAAUGAUGUGAUUGGCUGCUUUGCGGACUUUGAAUGUGGAAACGAUGUGGAACUUUCCUUCACCAAGAACGGAAAGUGGAUGGGCAUUGCCUUCCGAAUCCAGAAGGAAGCCUUAGGGGGUCAGGCCCUCUACCCUCAUGUCCUGGUGAAGAAUUGUGCAGUGGAGUUUAACUUCGGGCAGAGGGCGGAGCCCUACUGUUCUGUCCUUCCGGGCUUCACCUUCAUCCAGCACCUUCCCCUGAGUGAGCGGAUCCGGGGCACCGUCGGACCAAAGAGCAAGGCGGAGUGUGAGAUUCUGAUGAUGGUGGGCCUGCCCGCUGCUGGUAAGACCACGUGGGCCAUCAAACAUGCAGCCUCCAACCCCUCCAAGAAGUACAACAUCUUGGGUACCAAUGCCAUCAUGGAUAAGAUGCGGGUGAUGGGCCUACGCCGGCAGCGAAACUAUGCUGGCCGCUGGGACGUCCUGAUCCAGCAGGCCACCCAGUGCCUCAACCGUCUCAUCCAGAUCGCCGCCCGCAAGAAACGCAACUACAUCCUAGAUCAGACAAAUGUUUAUGGGUCAGCCCAGAGACGAAAAAUGAGACCAUUUGAAGGCUUCCAGCGCAAAGCUAUUGUAAUUUGUCCUACUGACGAGGACCUAAAAGACCGAACAAUAAAGCGCACAGACGAGGAAGGGAAGGAUGUCCCAGAUCACGCGGUCUUAGAAAUGAAAGCCAACUUCACAUUGCCAGAUGUUGGGGACUUCCUGGACGAGGUGCUGUUCAUUGAGCUGCAGCGGGAGGAAGCAGACAAGCUGGUGAGGCAAUACAACGAGGAAGGCCGCAAGGCUGGGCCACCUCCUGAAAAGCGCUUUGACAACCGAGGCGGUGGUGGCUUCCGGGGCCGUGGGGGUGGAGGCGGUUUCCAGCGCUAUGACAACCGGGGCCCCCCCGGGGGCAACCGAGGAGGCUUCCAGAACCGAGGAGGAGGCAGCGGUGGAGGAGGCAACUACCGAGGAGGUUUCAACCGUAGUGGAGGUGGUGGCUACAACCAGAACCGCUGGGGUAAUAACAGCCGGGAUAACAACAACUCCAACAACCGAGGCAGCUACAACCGGGCUCCCCAGCAACAGCCACCACCACAGCAGCCACCGCCACCACAGCCACCACCACAGCAGCCACCGCCACCACCCAGCUACAGCCCUGCUCGGAACCCCCCGGGGGCCAGCAGCUACAACAAGAACAGCAACAUCCCUGGCUCAAGCGCCAAUACCAGCACCCCCCCUGUCAGCAGCUACAGCCCUCCACAGCCAAGUUACAGCCAGCCACCCUACAACCAGGGAGGUUAUGGCCAGGGCUACACAGCCCCUCCACCUCCACCUCCACCACCACCUGCCUACAACUAUGGGAGCUACGGCGGCUACAACCCAGCCCCCUACACCCCACCACCGCCCCCUACUCCACAGACCUAUCCGCAGCCCAGCUAUAACCAGUAUCAGCAGUAUGCCCAGCAGUGGAACCAGUACUAUCAGAACCAGGGCCAGUGGCCGCCGUACUACGGGAACUACGACUAUGGGAGCUACUCCGGGAACACACAGGGGGGCACAAGCACGCAGUAGCCAGUGUGCCCCGGAGGCCCCUACCGGCUUCCUCCACCAGCGCCCACCUCGGCCCCCUUGUCUGCCCCCACCGGGUCCCGUGGUGCUGGGGGACGAGUCACCCCAGGGCUGCCUCCCUCCAGCCCACUGCCUCCCCUCUGAGGGGCUUCUCCCCCCACACAGGGCCAGGCAUUUUUCUCUGGAUUUAAACAGGCAACAAUGACCUUUUUAUUUUCUGUUUGUCCCCCCAUCACCCUCCUCCUCCUCCUCUUCCUCCUUUUUGACUAAAGACCCCUCCUCUCCCUCAGUCAUACAGUCAGGCUACAGUGACUAAGGGGAGGACCCCAUCCUGUCCACUCGUCCCAGCCCUGCUCCAGCCCCUCAGCUUCCCAGACCCUCAUGCAGUUGGUUGUAAAUUCUUCCAGGAGCUGUUUUACUGUCUACUUUUCAGGAUUAAAAAAAAAUCAAAAACUUCAACAAAAAAAAAAAAACACAAGUUUAAAAAGCAAAAUGCAGAGGGAGGAAGCAGUGACAAAUAUUUUUUUGGUAAUUAUGCUUUUUUUUUUUAAUUUUUAGAAUUUGUCCAUUUUUACUGUGGGUUGGCUGCUGGUAUUUCAUCAGGAUAACCAUUUCUUUGCUGAGUUCAGGUGACCGAGGAAGAGCCACACCCUCAAAACACAAAACAAAACCACAGAAUCAUCUUUAACCUAACUUUUUAUACAAUGUCUCAGUUUCCCGUAACUUUGCACACAAGCUUCUGUGUUGAGUUGAAUUGUAACUGCUUUUUGUAUUUGGAGAGAGUGUGAUUAUUGAACUUGAAACCUUUUAUUCCGGGCGUCUUGGUAGUUUCUGGUGGGAUUAAGCGGGUGAGAGGGAAGAAGGGGAGGUGGAAGGGGCUCCUUCCCUUCAGAACAUGAAAUUUCUCCCACUGCCUGCUCUCCAGAGGUCUCCCAGGUGCCAGACCUAAGGGUUUUUCCUAAGUGAUCCUCUGAUUAUUUUUACUUCCCCUUGACCCGUAUGUUUUAACAGGAUUUUAACAAACUGCACUUAUUAAGAAAUGUGUUUACCCUGUUUUGUUUUGUUUUCUUUCAAUAAAUGACAUGGCACCUCCUA